GGGGAUGCACAGUGAGAAAACAUAGAUUUAGGUCAAAAAUAUCGAUAUUUUAAAAUUAAUUGAUUUUAAUAGUUUAAAAUGUCUAGAAUACGAAUUCCCUAUCAGAAUACUAAAAAAAAUACGUUUUAUACAUCAAUUUUGUAUUUUAAAUGUAGAUAUAUAAGCAAAAUUUUGAUGUUUUGGUGAAAAAUCAACAUUUUGUAAGCUAUAGUUGAUAAGCUAAUGUACGCUCUCAUCCCUAACAGAUGGUAUCGAUACAAAGGUCUACUUUUCUAGUUCCGAUUAUGUGCAUGGUUUCUCAUUCUAUAAAUAAAUAGUACUGCAAUAAACUUUCAAAAUACGUCACUACCUCUUUUUUUCCCCUAUAUCCUCAUAUACACACCCACAAAGCCAUAUUUACGCAUGCGCACCAUCAAAGCUUCUAUAGUUACUGUAAUACACGCAUGCGCACUGAAAAAGCUUCCGUAACUACAAAGUAUGCACGCAUGCGCACAUGACGUGAACCGGUCCUUCUUCUGUAAACUUCCAUCACAUCAACAAUCGAUUCAUUAUUGAAACUCAGAAAUGCCAACAAAAGGUUAUAUGUUUGGAAAGAAAAAACGUUACUGUAAGCCCAGAGGACGACAUGCUUCAAAGACAAAUGCACAAUUACAAAGCUCUGUUUUGGAUACAGCUGGAUCUGAAGUAGCAACAACACAGCCUGCAAGUGCAGCUGAGCGAAAAAUAUCCCUAACUGCAGAUACUAACGCUGAUAACACCAAUAAGAGGCUGCCUGAAGAUUUCAUAUACGUCAUGAUGAAUUCAAUGCAAUUGACCACAAUGGUCUCCUUGUUGUGCUGUCCACAUUGCUUUGACAACAAAUUAACUAUGUGCAUCACACAAUCAAAAGGCAUGGCUCAUUUGAUUAAAAUCAAAUGCCUAAAUUGUGAAACAUAUUUGUGGUCCGACUGGACCUCAAAAAAAAGUAAUGAUGUUCAUCUGGAUAUUAAUGUCCGCGCUGUCGCUGCAUUAAAAGAAUCUGGAAUCUCGCAUUCUAAAUUUGAUAGGUUUUGUGGACUUAUGAGUAUGCCCUGCAUGCACAGAAAUACUUAUAACAAUCUAGCUAACAUAGUCAAUACCGCUAUAAUUGAAGCUGGUGAAGAAUGUAUGAUUAGGGCAUCUGCUGUUGUGCAUGGAAGAAACAUUUCACAACCUCUAACUACAGAUGAAAGAAUAAGUUCAACAGGCUGUCCUGUUAUUACAGUUUCUUUCGAUGGGACUUGGCAUAAAAGGGGCCACUCAUCUCAUUCAGGAAUUGGCACAGUUAUUGAUUUUGAUACUGGACUCGUCAUCGACACCGAAGUCCUAUCAAAUUAUUGCCAUGUUUGUGAUUCAAACUCUGCAGAACUAAACUUUGAUGCCUCUAAGCAUAUGUGUCAAAAAAACUUCAGUGGCUCAGCAAAUGCAAUGGAGGCCGCAGCAGCAUCCAAAAUCUUUUCGCGCUCUGUGGCAUCCAGAAAACUUGUUUAUGGCACGAUGCUGUGUGAUGGCGAUAGUAAAUCGCAUUCAUCUGCCAUUACCAACUCAGGAUAUGAUGUAGAAAUCUUAAAAGAGGACUGCAUUAACCACAUCUCAAAAAGAAUGUUUAAUGCUUUGAACAAUUUAAAAAUGUCUAACAAAAAAGAACUAAAUUAUAGGCUUACAAAGCCAAAAAUUGAAAAAAUUACAAAUUACUAUUCCAAAGCUCUGCGCCAAAAUGCUCCCGACAUUCAAAAAAUGAAGCUGGCUGUUAUGGGCUCAUUUUUUCAUAUGAUGAGCUCAGACCUAGAUCAUAACCACAGGUUGUGUCCUGAUGGCGCUACAUCUUGGUGUCACUUUAAGAGAUCAGAGGCACUAAAACAGCCAUAUAAAAAACACAACCAGACCAUCACAUCAGAAAUAGGUAAACUGUUAUUUCCUAUAAUGAAAAGACUAACAGACACAGAUCUGUUAAAAAGAUGUUCUAGAAUGGGAACACAAAACGCCAAUGAAUCUUUUCAUUCCCUCAUUUGGCAAAGAUGCCCCAAAACAGAAUUCGCAACAUUAAAAACGGUAAGGGCUGCGACAUACCUUGCUGUUUUAGCCUUCAAUAAUGGACCUGUUGGCAUCAGAUCAGUUUUUGACAUAUUAGGCAUUCCCUGGACACUAAAGAACAUUUCUUCUAGUGAGAAAAAGCAAAAUGUCAAACUACAGCUUGUUAGAAAAAGAAAAUCAAUCGCAUUAGUGUCCAGGAGAAAAAACUUGAAAAAACGAAGAAUUGAGCAUGAGCACCGGGCAGAGGUUCUAGAAGGUCCAACCUAUCAAUCAGGCCAUUUUAAUGAAUAGUUUUUUGUUUUUUUAUUAUCUAUUAUGUUGUUUUAUGUAAAUAUUCCCUUUUUUUUCAUUUUUAUGGUUACAAUAAAUAUUUUAUAUCAUUUUAAAAACUUUAAA